CUAUUGAUUCCAGAAAUUUGACAGAGGAAGUGGCUGUCCCUAUGAACUUUGGUUCUUACCCUCGUUGAUAGACGGUGGUUGUCCUUCCUAAAAGCGCUCUGGACUAAGCGAUGCCAUGGCGACAGAGGGGGAGCCGACCGACGCGAUCAAAGUGUUGCACCUGCUGCUGCUCGCCUUCACCUGGGGCAUGCAGGUGUGGGUCUCCUUCAUCGGAGGUUUCGCUCUGGUGAAGCAGGUGUCGCUGCACACCUUCGGUUUAGUCCAGAGCAAGCUGUUUCCCAUCUACUUCUACUGCCUGCUGGGAAGCAACUUCACCAGUCUGGCCGUGUACGCCGUGUACCACCCCAGAGAGCUGCUGGACUGGCAUGAAGGCGUGCAGAUGCUGAUGUUCUUCGUGGCGCUGAUCACAGCAGGCCUGAACGCCCAGUGGUUCGGCCCAGCGGCCACCGAGGUCAUGUUCCAGAUGAGGGCGGUGGAGGAGGAGCACGGUCUGGGGAACCAGGUGGGGCUGGGCAGCCAGAGGGAGGACUACGCCAAGCUGAAGGAGCAGGACCCAAAGUACCGGGCCUACAGGAAGACGUUUGGGCGGUACCACGGCCUGUCCAGCCUCUGCAACCUCAUCGGCUUCCUCUGCGUCACGGCCAACCUGGUCUACACCGCUCUCAAGCUGUCCACCAUUUAAACGGCAGCAUUUUUAUAGGCGUGUCAGGUCCGCAGGCAUUCAUGCAGUAUUCACAGUUUCCCACAUUUUACUGAAAAACAAGUUUUAUUUUGAUUUUAGUGUGACGAACGAACAUAAAAAAAGUACUAAAAAGGGAAAUGGUAUUUCAAAUCUACAGGGGACAUAAUGCAAACAUCAACUAAUUAUAUAGUAAUAAACGAUGCAAAAUCAA